GCGCUUGGAGGCACUCGUUGCUGAUAUUGCCAGAGAUUGAAACGAGAGAGAAAGAGGUGGAGAGAUUCCCACCUUAGAAUCAAAUCGUGCACGUGUCGCCCUUUCGGAUGCGGAACACAGCCUCAAGUUGACCCAAGACGAACAACGAACUGCAAAUGAAGACCUCCUAGAUCUCUUUGAUCCUGAGGCCCGAGGGCUUUGGUCCAGAAGGCGAGUGGAAAAAACUUGACGGCUUGUGCCUCUCAAAGGAUACCGGAGAUUACUACACUUACGAAGUUUGCCUCUUUGACGAGGCGACGCAGAUUCCAGGUAGCGGUGAUUCUGGCUUCAGUCUCGGGAAAUGUUCGUCCUCGAACAAAGCUGCUCAACUGGUGAGCUAGAAUAUUAUACCCGACAGCACUUUACCCAGGGGGCCAAAUGCUGGAACGGCCCCCAUCGCAGCGUCGAGCUCGUCCUCACAUGCGGUACUGAAAACACGUUACUGACGGUGGCAGAACUGGAAAAGUGCGAGUACCAAAUUACAGGAACAACCCCGGCAUUAUGUCGCCCACUGGAGGACGAGCACACCAAAGACGAACUGUAGACUUUUUGGGAUUAGGUCUAGGUACAGUACCUCUGCAUGCAUGUAAGUAUUUAUUACGUGGUCAGGUGAACAUGAAGUUCUACUUCCACCCCCUCGGGGCACGAGUUCUAAUCAGGAAACCUACUCUCUGAAUUCGUAAAAAUACCAAGAAUAAGAUCGAUGGAAAUAGUAAUGCACACGGUUACAAUAUCCUCACCAACCUGACGCAGUCCAUCAUGUUGCAAACAGAGGUCGUGUCUUUGAGUUGUGCAAUGAUAUCGUGAUCCGAUGCGAUUCUCAUGUAUUCCCCUCCGCGU